AUGGGCCGCAAGAGCCGUCAUUAUCGGGACGAGAGUGAUCCACUGUUGGUGUUCUACAGCGCCACUCUGGGUGACUCGACUCGCAAUGCCAACAAUGCGUUGUAUUCUUCCAUUCGAGUGCCUUUGCAAUCUCCCGCAUCCGACAAGACAAUAGGCAACGGCCAAGGCGCCAAUGACACGUCCAACAACCCGACCACUCCGUCGAAAUCCAACGGUGGUCGCAAUAGUGUGUCUCCACUUGCGCUGUUUCGCUCCACAAGUCAAAGUCAGAGUCAGACCGACUUGAAUUCUUCACAGCAAAAGUACAGGGUCCACCGUGUUUCGUAUACGGCGCAGAACCACAUUCAAGUAUUGUUCCGGAUGCACGGGAGUGCAUUUCCCAACGUUCUGCCGUUUUGCGUUGCCAAUGUGGCUUGGAUGUGUGCCGUGGCGUACUUGAAAGAGCACGACCAACUCGACUUGACCUUUCACUCGUCUAUUGGCCAUUCCUUCAUGGGAUUGCUGGUGUCGUUUCUCAUUGUCAAUCGAGCCAAAAUCAGUUACGAUCGAUUCAUGGACUAUCGCAGAAAUUUGGCCACUUGCUAUCGAUCUUGUCGAGAAUUGGCACAACAUGCUACUGUCUAUACGUACGAAAAUCAAACACCACAAGCCAAAGAAUGGAGACAAGAAGUCUGCUACAGAACCAUUCUCUUACUCAGAGUCACCAUGGAUGCACUGCUGUGGAGUUCCACGGAACGGGACACGUGGGAAGAAGAAUACUUUAAUCUAUCACAAGACACGGCCGAUAUCGAAUCCGUCAGUGACCAUUUUUUACGCUUUCGAAAGUUGUCGCAUGGACGACGAUCGCGCAUUGACGAAAAUAUGCGAGCUCCCAUUACUCUCAAUCACGUGCUCAAACAAACCAUCAUGACACAUCCACACUAUUUGGGAUGUAAAAUGGCCGUCAAUGAAUAUCGAGAUCUGCUCAUGUUUACACAACAAUUCCAACAAGCGUUUCAUGAAUUCCGUGUCCUCAUUUUCACCCCCUAUCCCUUUCCGUUGGUGCAAAUGACGCGAGCGUGUGUCUUUUUCUGGGUUUACACACUCCCGCUCGUGCUGCUCAAGGAAUAUCGACUCUGGAGUUCACUACUCAUUGUGCUCCUGGUCAGUUUUGGAUUCAUGGGGAUUGAAUAUGUCAGUAUUGCACUUGAUGAUCCAUUCGGAGAUGAUACCAAUGAUGUCGAUGAACACGGCAUGGCAUUGCUCGUUUACGAAGAUAUUUAUCUUUCCAUUUAUCGCACCGAUGGACCCGCCUCAGCGGUGCAGUUACGAGAACGAGUAUUGAGUCGAUACAAACAGGGACGAGGAUUGGAUUGCUAUAGAGAUGACUUGAAGGGAUACGAUAUAUGGGAACCGCCAGCGCAUUUACAAGAGAAUUUGCAAUUCCCAAACGACGACGAGGGAAGCAUCCCGUCGCCUACCACUGCCAUUCCCGAUCUCAUGGAUCCGCCGCCAAUAUUUUCCAGCAAGCAUCGAGUGAAUGGAUCCGACAAAAAUGUAUAG